AAAUCGUGUUCUAGAAGAGUGCAGUGAUAUUUAGUUAUUAAAAUGGCUAAGUUAGCAGGAAAGUACGAGCUCGUGGAAAAUAAAAAUUUUUACGAAUAUUUGUUGGACAUUGGUGUGCCUGAAGAUAAAGCAAAGAAUGCAAAAGAAAUUAAAGGAACUCUUGAAGUUAAAGUAGAUGGAAACAAAGUAACUCUAGCAGACGAUCAUCCUCCACGAACCAGCGAUUAUAUAAUUGGCCAAGAAGUUGAAAACAAAUGGGGGGAUCAAGCAGUAAUUAAGAGCACUGCGUCCUUAAAUGGUGAUGUCCUGACAAUUUCGUCUUCAAGGGAUGGCAAACCUGCAGGAACUAGGACUCUUACAUUCUCCGACAGUGGACUGGAAAUGGCCUUCAAUACUACUAAAGAUGGAAAAGCCUUUGCAGCAAGCCGCAUUUACAAGAGGAUUUAAAACGCUUACCUUAUUUUAUUCAGUGGAUGAAAUAGAAACAUUCUGUAUAUUAAAGUUUAUAAUGAGCCAUUAGAAUUAUUUUACUUUC